AGAGGAAAGUUCUGUGUUUAGUUGUUUCGCGCAUUUUACAUCAACAACAUCUCGAAUCUUUCUUUAAUACACAGUUGACAUUGCUCACCGAGACGCAGUAGAAAUGAUACUGAAAGACGGAUUUUUUUAUAUUUUGGCAAUGAUUGCAUUAAGUGGUGUGAAUGGCAACGACGGGUCCACUGAGCUCUACUCCAAAAUAUUAAAGAGUCACAACUAUUUGGUCCCACCAAGUAGUAGCAACAUUUCCGUCUCUGUUAAUGUCGAAUUAAUUAAUUUACUUCAGCUUGACACUAAAAAUCAAGAGAUGACAUUCACUGGCAUAAUAAAUUUGAAAUGGAGCGACUCAACGCUGUCUUGGAAUCGAAAAGAAUUUCCUCAAGUAAAUCGUGUUUCCGUUCCAUCUGACAAAAUCUGGACUCCUAACACCCUCAUAUGGAAUUCUCGUUCUAAAAACAUGCAGAGUUCUGGUGAUGACCUAUUCAUUGCAGCAGACGGCCAAGUUCAUUGGCCCAUCUUUGGUGAAUUUAAGACCGCGUGUACGAUUGAUGUGACUUAUUAUCCGUUUGACCAGCAAACUUGUAUCGUUAAAAUUGGAUCAAUUGAUCGUUCGAUAAUAUUCGAUUAUGAAAAGAAUUCAAUUGAUAUGGAUCAGUUUUACAUGUCUGUUUUCUGGGAUAUAGUUGCGGCUCCUGCUUAUCUAAAUGUGUAUACAUCCGAUAAUGUUGACGAUCCCUUGGAGACCGAUGUCACCUACUAUUUGGUAAUUAAACGAAAGACUCACUGGCUAUCGGAAGUGUGUCCGUUGUUAGUAUUUGCAUUUAUGACCAUAAUACCAGCCAUGGUGACAAAUCCUAUGAAAAAGUUAAUCCUUCAAGUGUUUUGUAUGGCUGGAUUAUUCAUUCUGCACAUGGAUCUGAUGCAUAAAUUACCGCCAACGUCGCUUGUAACUCCAUCAGCCAGCAAAUUCAUUGUGUCGCUGAUCUUAUACAAUUUGAUUCAUUUGACAUUGACCACUGUAAUGAAUAAUCGUCGGGGAUGCUUUCAGCGGAUUGUACAGCAGAUCCCGUUUGACCGCAUGUUAAAGUUUGAAAAUUUAGAGAUUCUCAAGAGUAACUGAAAGUGGCAACGAUGAGGAAGAAAAAAAGCUUCAACAAGAUAUCGAAACCACGAAAUGUCUCUCCCAUCAAAGUGAAGGAUCGGCAGCAAUUGUCGACAUAUGUAAUUGGAUCAUUUUGGUUUUGUUGGUCUUGGCAGUAGGAGCUUCAACUCUUUACUUUAUACUAAAUAAACCUUAUUAAGUGAGAUGUAUUUUCGCAUGUAACCUUUCCUAUUCAACGAUAUACAAUAAUAAAAGAACAAAGAACGUAGUGAAAUAUCC